UUUCAAACAUGGCGGAGGUAGGAAGGAAACUCCAAUAAAUAUCCGGGAUAAUAAAAAUGUUUUAAUUUAUUUUUAUUUAUAGAGUUGAUUCUGGCGGGUGCACUUCCCAAAUGAGAAGCAAAAAAUAUGUCCUAAAAAUACGGAGAAGAGAUAUACAUUUUUAAAUGUUAAACUUGUCGCGUUUCCAUAAGUUGUAUUUUUCAAACUUCAGUUUAGCGAUGCUGGCUAGCUUCGUAGCUAUGCUAAGCUAUCUAGCUAUAGUUGGCAGACUGCUAGCGUUAACGUUACCCACUCGAAAAUAUAGAAUUUAAUAUUUAGAGUGCUAUUGUAUUUUUUUUGACCUGGUGGUAUUCUGCAUAUCGAAAACGAAGCUAGGUGGCUAACUAUUUGGAUAACUAACUUAGCUAGCUAAAGUUAGCUGAGGCAGAGGCUAGCAAAUAGCUGACGUUAGCUAGCUAAUCAUUCAUACCUAAGUGUCUACAUUGUGAGAACAACCCACUUGUUUAUCAAAAACGACUUUAGCCAUCUCCUGAAAUUGAUGAUAUGACUUGUUUCAAUUAUGGCCUGAUCAGAGUUCUCUCCGUGCUAGAACCAGCUAACGUUAGCUACAGUAAUGUCUAUUCUACCUUGGCGUUGGCCAACAAGGAGCCAGGCAUAAGUUUCAGGCGCGCUUUUAGUUUGACUUCCACUACCCAGACUGAUGAUCAGUUUGCUGUAUUGUAGGUAGUUCAUAUUCAUGUUUUUGUUCAGGCCUAGGUUGCCUGGAGACGAUCUUGACCUCAUCCAGAAAACAACAUAAUUCACUGACAGUAUCUCUGAACCGUAUAGCAAAGUUACAGCUACAUAUUUUGGCAUCAACCGUAAUGUGUAUCUGUAUCUGGUUGUGAUUAAUUUUGUUUUGUGUUUUAGCCCUCCGUUGGGAGUACGAGCCCAGGAGGUUCAGCAGACGACUAUGAGUUUGAUCCUUCAGCAGAUAUGCUCGUUCACGACUUUGAUGACGAACGCACACUGGAAGAAGAGGAGAUGCUCGAGGGAGAGACCAACUUCAGCAAUGAGAUUGAUGACCUUGCACGGGAGGGAGAGAUGCCCAUUCAUGAGUUGUUGAGUAUGUACGGAUAUGGCGGUGGUUCACCUGCAGAUGGAGAGGAAGAAGAUGAGGAAGACCUAGAGGAUGACGAGUUAGAGGAUGAUGAAGAGGAGGAGGAGGAAGAGGAGCUGGACAAUGAUGAAAGCAGCAGAAGCACUGGUGAGCUGAAGAGGAGUAAGACCGAGAGGGUGAAGAUCUCUUCGGGACUGGGGAACGAGAACCAGUUGUCCAACGAGGGUCACACGCGCUCCAUCAAAUCCCACUGCACGGCAGAGCUGAUACGUGGAUCACAGAAGCUCAAGUACUUUGAAAAUAAUGAUGCAGAGGAAGAAUCAGAAGACGAAGAUUAUGUCCCUUCUGAUGAUUGGAAAAAGGAAAUCAUGGUUGGUUCCAUGUAUCAGGCUGAAACGCCCUCUGGCCUUUGUAAAUAUAAAGACAAUGAGAAAGUAUAUGAAAAUGAUGACCAGCUUUUAUGGGACCCUGAGUUCCUUCCCGAGGGCAAGGUUGUGGAGUUUUUGACGGAGGCGUCAAAACGAACAGGAGAGGAGAAGGGAGUGGAUGCCAUCCCUGAGGGAUCCCAUAUCAAAGACAAUGAGCAGGCGCUUUAUGAGUUGGUCAGGUGUGAAUUUGACACAGAAGAAGCUUUAAGAAGACUGAAGUUUAAUGUGAAGGCAGCUAGAGAAGAGCUGUCUGUGUGGACAGAAGAAGAGUGUCGAUAUUUUGAGCAAGGACUAAAAGCUUAUGGGAAAGACUUUAAUUCCAUACAAGCCAACAAGCAAACCAGGCUGGGGAAAAGGAAAUACAACCUUCACCCCGGUGUCACGGACUACAUGGACCGGCUGCUAGAUGAGACGGAGAGUGUCACUUCCAGCCGGGCGGCCUCGCCCCCUCCCACCACCUCAAACAGUAGCACCAGCCACUCUGAGAGGGAGGACGGCAGCAGCAGCCACAACGGUGUAGUGAGUCAAAACUCUGGCUCUGGAGAAGGUUCUCAAUCGUCCACGGUGGCGAAUGAAGUCAAAGCAGAACCCGCCCAGUCCAACAGGCCCACUGACAACCACCCCUGUCUGGACGCUUUCCCUGCUCCCACCGCCUCGGACAAUGACUCCAACGACUGCGAGGCGGCGGCCGUCGUGCCCAGCCACAACAGGAACGGCUCCCUGGAGCCCCACCAUGCCGACGGUCACUACGAUGAAGACGCGCUCCUCUAUGACAGGCCGGCUAAGAGGUGCCGGACGGAGGCGGAGUCACUGGAACAGGGGGAGCCGGAACCCUCCAGAACAUCGACGACACUCCAGCAGGAGGACUGAUGAUAGAUGACGACCCCUUCUCAGAGGUCAAAGGGCACAGAACCAAACCUUUAAAAACCAUGGUCGUAUUAAUUAGUGCACACGGAAGCAAAACAUUUAGCAACGGAAAACAAAAACUAGUGUUUCUUAUUGGACAAGUUCAGGUAGUCAAUCCCUGUUUCCUUCCAUCUGUUUUCGUCCGUUUAGUGGCUAAUGAAUACGACCCGUACUAACCAACCAAACCCAGCUGGGCCACACCAGCAAACGGAGGGAGGGCAGCGGCCUGAUUGUAAAGGGGCACAACAUACAGCCCUGCCUCGUCCCCCAUCCAGCAAAACCUCCAACGCUCCACACAUCCAAAGUACCACAGUUCCUGAACUCAUACCUACUAUUACUUCCACCACUUCAUACUCAUUCUUCUCCUUAUUCCCUUUUUUGGAGAGACCGAUCUCAAAUUUGUACACUCAAAUGCUUUUUUCCUAUUUGUAUUAGAAUAAAAAUCAGCUGUGAUAUUUUUUUACGUGAAAUAUAUUUAUAUAUUUUUUAAAGAAAUGUAUUAUGAUUGAUGGGUAUUUGCUGUCCUAGCCAUUUGAAACCAGGAAAUCGAAGGGGGUCUAUGUAGAGGGUUCUAGGUCUUCGACAGGGCAAUAGUUAAGCAGGCACACUGUUGCACUUUCAUCCUUUAUUUUCUUUUUGUUGAUAUUGAGUGGUUAACGCAACACUGCUGAACGACAUCAUUACUUAUUUGCAACUUGAUCCCCCAUAUGCCGUAACCAUGGAUAUUUUUUAAUUGCAAGAAAUGAACUAAUGGGAGUGUCUGUCCCGAGGUUUGUUUGUGUAAAGCGUCUGACAUCAGUGAUGUCCUGUGGAACGCAUCGGUUUGAACGCUAUAUUUUUAAUUUUUAGGCUUUCAUGUUUUGUUUUUUGAUUUUAGACAGUAAGUACACGUGUAAAGUUUGUAUAGAUUUGAUGUUGUACAAUUAUACUUUUUGAUAACCGUCUAAUCUCUCUGUUUUAUGGUCUCUCCUUGUUGCUCCGAGCAGAGCUGUUCUAAAGUAAUUCUUAUUUCCCAGGCCCAUUUUUUUUCACCUGGUGCAUUUGGACAUUUUUUGCAGCAAGAAGAUGUUUGACAAUGACUCCAUGUUAAUGGGAGAUGUGCAGUGAUGCUUUUUGAAACCGGAGACUGGUACCAGUAAUGUUUCUUCUCACCUGCCAUUACCUGCAAAGUUUCAUGAUGGCCUCUGUAAGCAAGCUCGUUACAAAUUGUAAUUGAAGAACUUGACUGUAAUCUUCAAAUGUGAAGGACCUCCAUUUAGUUCCAGUGGAGGCUUCUUAAUAACAAGACAUUGUUUUGAGAACUUUAUUUUGUUACAGUAGCCUUUGGUCUACAUUCACAAAUGGUCAAACAAAAUUGUUGAUUAAAGUAGGUAUUCACUUUAAUUCAUGUCAGGAAAACAAAGACUGGCUGUGACAAUAGUGGCUAUAUUUAAUAAAUGUAUUCAGACUGG